UGUAUUACAAUUUAGCGAAGUCUUGGUUGUCGCUUAUCAAAGCUCAAAACUCACACGUUCUCUAAGUGCUCCCAACUUAGAGGUUGACGAUUAGAACCGUUGCAACUUGACUUUAUCCAAAGCAUAUACGCUCUUUUACAAAUAUGUCUUCUCAGAAUACUGCUGUUGACAAACGACAAAAGUUUGAGUCCAUCUAUCCGGACUUCGUCAAUGAUAUUAUGGGCUACUUAAAGUCCAUCAAUAUUCCCAAGGACGUUGCUCAAUGGUACGAAAAGAAUCUUUACCAUAAUACCCUUGGAGGAAAGUACAAUCGUGGAUUGUCCGUCAUCGAUACAUAUGAAAUUUUGCUUGGUAAGCCUCUUGACGAGGAAGCUUAUAAGAAGGCAUCUGUUCUAGGAUGGUCUAUCGAGCUACUCCAAGCCUUUUUCCUCGUCGCUGAUGAUAUGAUGGAUGCUUCCCAAACUAGACGUGGCCAACCCUGUUGGUAUUUGAUGCCUAAUGUUGGAAAUAUUGCCAUCAAUGAUGCUUUCAUGCUUGAAUCUGCUAUUUACUUCCUUAUCAAGAAGUAUUUCCGUCAGGAUCCUUAUUACGUUGACCUUCUUGAACUUUUCCACGAUGUCACCUUCCAAACUGAACUGGGUCAACAACUCGAUCUUCUUACCGCACCCGAAGACCAUGUUGAUCUUUCCAAAUUUUCUCUUGAGAAGCAUUCUUUUAUUGUAAUCUAUAAGACCGCUUUCUAUUCCUUUUACCUUCCCGUUGCCUUAGCUAUGUACCUUGCUGGUAUCGCAUCUAAAGAAAACUUGCAAAUUGCAAGUGAUAUCCUUCUUCCCCUUGGAAAAUAUUUCCAAGUUCAAGAUGAUUACCUUGAUUGCUACGGUGAUCCCAACAUCACCGGCAAGGUCGGUACUGAUAUCUUGGAUAACAAAUGCUCCUGGUUAAUCAAUGUCGCUCUUGCCAAGGCAUCCCCCGAGCAACGUGCGAUCCUUGAUAAGAAUUACGGUGUAAAAAACCACGAGUGUGAGGCUCAAGUCAAGACUGUCUUUGAGGAACUUAAAAUUCGUGAUGAAUUUGCAAACUACGAAGAGUCUGAAGUUUCUGAAAUUAAGAAACGUAUUGAGUCUGUUAACGAGUCUGGUGGUUUAAAGAAGUCUGUCUUCUUAACCUUUUUGGGUAAGAUUUACAAGAGAAAUAAGUAAUCAUCUUAGUACCUUUUAGAAUUGAAAUUUGUUAAGAUACCCGAUUCAAUAUAAUCUAUAAUCCUUUUUCAUAGAGUCUAUUAC